CAGCGGCGGCUUCCCGGAAGUAAGCGGUACACGUGCGCUCGCUAAGGAGUCUUGCAGCUAUGGAUGCUUUGGACAAAGUUCUAAAGCCUAAAACUAAAAGGGCGAAGAGAUUCCUUGAGAAGAGAGAACCGAAGCUCAGUGAGAACAUUAAGAAUGCUAUGCUGAUUAAAGGCGGAAAUGCAAAUGCAACUGUGACCCAGGUUCUCAGAGACGUGUAUGCACUGAAGAAACCAUAUGGAGUUCUAUAUAAAAAGAAAAAUAUUACAAGACCAUUUGAGGAUCAGACAUCACUGGAGUUCUUUUCAAAGAAAUCAGACUGUUCUUUAUUCAUGUUUGGUUCCCAUAAUAAGAAGAGGCCAAAUAACCUAGUAAUAGGUCGUAUGUAUGACUACCAUGUGCUGGAUAUGAUUGAACUAGGUAUUGAGAAAUUUGUGUCUCUAAAAGAUAUUAAGACUAGUAAGUGCCCCGAGGGAACAAAACCCAUGUUGAUAUUUGCCGGUGGUGAUUUUGAUGUAACAGAAGACUACAGAAGAUUAAAAAACCUUCUUAUUGAUUUCUUCAGAGGCCCCACAGUAUCAAACGUCCGGCUGGCUGGACUAGAGUAUGUUCUGCACUUCACUGCGCUGAAUGGGAAGGUUUACUUCCGAAGCUACAAGCUGCUGUUGAAGAAAUCUGGGUGCAGAACACCACGAAUCGAGCUAGAAGAGAUGGGGCCGUCGCUGGACCUGGUUAUGAGGAGGACACACUUAGCAUCAGAUGACCUUUAUAAACUGUCCAUGAAAGUGCCCAAGGCGCUCAAGCCAAAGAAGAGAAAGAAUAUCUCUCAGGAUACUUUUGGCACAACGUUUGGAAGGAUUCAUAUGCAGAAGCAAGACUUAAGCAAACUACAAACGAGGAAAAUGAAGGGGCUGAAGAAGCGACCUGCUGAGAACGGACUAGAAGACCAGGGGAGAAAGUCAAAGAGAACUAAGAAAAAUUAGUGGAACCCAACUGACUGCAAGCACUUUCUUGUGGUUGUUUACUAAAGAGAAUUGUUUUCCUUGAGGCUGUUGGUUUUCUAAUAGGAAUUUGUUACUUGACUGGAUAGGGUGAGGGUAACAAAAUUUCACACUAUAGCCUAGGCUGACCUCAGCCUCCCAAGUGCUGUGCUUACAGGCGUGUACCGCCAUAUACAGCAUAGUGUAUAUUUCUAUAACAUUAUUUAUUACAUAAACUUUUUUUGUUAGAAAAAAUUGGAAUUUGUGUUUGAUCAUA